AUGCUGGUUUUCCUCGUCAACGCGGUCGUUACCCUGUUCGAGGACUUUACGGCUCGAGAAAUCAGCUCGAAGCAUGUUAAUAUCCUCGAACCACCCUAUACCACCCUCACACCAUCAACCAUCUUCAUACCACUCUCAUACCAUCCUCAUUCCACUUCCAUGUUAUACGCAUACCAGAACAACGUGCGUCCCGAGUUAGCCAAUUACAUGAUGAUGCUCGCUGCGAGUCCGUGGAUCGGCAGUCGCAGGCUCUUCAUGACGGCGGAAGGACAGACCCAGCUCGUUAAACUUCAGGGAGAGUUUGAGAAGCUUCUGGAAGAGAAGAAGAUGAAUGUGACGCAGAUUAUUGAUCGCGUGUCUCUGGACUGCGAAGAAAUGAUCAUCCAGUGCAGUUUCAACGAGAAUGAAAUCCAAGGGAGAGACUGCUGCCGCCUGUUCACCCCCGUGCCGACCUUCACCGGGAAAUGCUACGUGUUUUUUGCCAACGAGAGUUUCAGUCAGUUGUUCAGCGGGGAAAUGGGGGGACUCAUCAUCACCCUUCAUCAGGUGGAGAACGACGAGCCAGGUGGAGAACGACGAGCCAGGUAA